CAGAACUCUAUCCCUAGGCAUAUCAAUGUCUGUCUCCAGGUUUCUCCUUCCUACUCCCUACACUCACUCGCAUUGAUCUAACGUGUGUACUUGUAUAAGAACCGCAGCCUGCCUGCUGUACCAUUGACUCAUGCAUUCAUGUAUCGCUGCACUUGCUGGCUGCGCAUCACUAACCCUUCCCCUUCUAUGCCACAGUCCCCGCAUGCACUGAACGCAGUACUGGGCACGCUGCUUCCGGUCGCUGCUGUGUGCACGCAGCACCGCCGUCCAUUCCGCUCUCGGUCUUCUUUACUCAGUGAUUCCCGAUUGGAAUCACCUCUUCGUUUCUGCUCUCCUUACAGUUAGUUGUGCUUUUCCGUGUCCGAUAAUGUUCCCCCUUUUGCAAUAAACAGUCAGGCGAAACUACUCUAAGUAGCCACCGCUACAUGGAGCUGGAAGCUUUGCCAUUGAUGAGAGAGUUGGGCCUGACAAAUCAGGAUAUUGUUUUCUUGGGAGACGUACGAGUGAGGCAAGAAGAUGAACUUGGUCGUGGCUCCGAUGCCGCCGUAUAUCGGCUGACCUGGCAGGGAAUUGAUAUCGCCCUGAAAGUUCUGCAUCCCAUUUUGAUUGAGCCUGGUGUUCAGGACAGAGACAGGAAAAUCCGUUCUUUCGGCCAAGAGGUCUUCCGUCUCAGUCGCAUACACCAUCCGAACCUGUGCCAAUUGCUGGGCAUUGCCAGAGUUGGGCAAAACGCUGCUCUUGCGUUGGAGUUGCUGACUUCGACGUUGGAAGAGUUGAGUAUCGGUGAGGGUCGGGAGGAUGGCUUGAUGCUGAUCGGCUACCUCUGCGACACGUCGGCUGGUAUCAGAUACCUGCACGUUCGUGGUAUUCUCCAUCGGGACCUCGCCCCAAAAAAUGUGAUGAUCAAGAAGGGAGUCGCAAAGGUAUGCGAUUUUGGUAUGGCUAAAUUCGUACGUUUGGCAUCCCCUCGUCAACAGCAGCAACAAGUCCAGGCGGCUCGAAUGGACAUGACCCGUUGCCCCGGAACUUUGGCCUUCAUGCCGCCGGAGGCAUUGGUAGAGCAACCUGACUAUGAUCGUCCGCUGGAUAUCUUCUCGUUCGGAGUUACGCUACUGGCUGUUAUCACUGGUGUUAUGCCAGGGAUCGACCUGAUCAAUGCUCCGUCCGUUGUGAUCGUGCGCGACGCCGCCAGUGGACGGGAAACGACGCAGGUGGUGGCGGAGACCAGACGGCGUGCUGCUUAUCUACGGCGACUCCCUGAUGACCACCCAUUGAAGCCGCUGGCAAUUCGCUGCCACUCCAACGAACCGAGCGAGCGAGCGACUGCCGAGGAAGUACACGAGGAGAUGAAGCGAGUGUUACAGCUAUUCACCAGUCUCUCGUCGCCUCAUCUUUCCAACAUACCACCAUCUGUUGUACGUCGUCUGGACUCUAUCUCCGAACAGCUAAUCCAGCAAGCUACAUCGAUCACUGCGUUGUCGGUACGCAGUGAUACGCUAGAGGAACAGCUUACAGCGGCCAUUACCAACAACCAGACCACCACACAACAUCAACUGACUGAAACACAACAACAACUGACUGCUACUCAACAACAACUUACAGCUGCCAUUACCACCAACCGGACAACAACUCAACAACAACUUACUGCCAUUACCAACAACCAGACCACCACACAACAACAACUGACUGAAACACAACAACAACUGACUGCUACUCAACAACAACUUACAGCUGCCAUUACCAACAUCCGGACAACAAUUCCACAACAACUGACUGCAACACGUGAGCAGGUAUCCACAGUUCAAGACGAACAGAGUUCAGCAACGCAACGACUUACUGCACAUCUGGAGACUAUUGCUGAAAACCAGACCAUGACGCAACAACAACUGACUGCUACUCAACAACAACUGACUGCUACUCAACAACAACUGACUGCUACUCAACGCACUAUACACAACGAACAAACCACCACAAACCGCCGAGUACAAACUCUCGGCGACCAGCUGCGUGAUACGAACGAACAGACUUUCCGACAGAUGACAACGUUGACGGACCAAAUUUCGGUGGUUUCUGGCCAGCUAACAACGAUGUCUGCAUCCACCCAUCAGCUGCAGAUAAGGCCUACCACUGCACCCGAAAGCCUGUCAAGUUCUGUUUCUGCCACUGACUCAGCUACAACAGCUGUGGUACCUGUCUCUAGUCCCAUUGCUGCACAAGAUAGCCGCUCAAGUUCAGCUUCUGCCACUGCCCUUGCCCUUGCCCCUGCUUCUCCUACAGCAACGAGACUGCAGGUUAUGCCUACCACUGCGCCAGAAAGCCUGUCAAGUUCUGCAUCUACCACUGCCUCUGCUACAACAGCUACGGUACGUAUUUCUAGUCCCAUUGCUGCACAAGACAACCGCUCAAGUUCAGCUUCUGCCCCUACCCCUGCCACUGCUUCUGCUACAGCAACGAGAGCUGAAGCUACAGCAGCUGCAAGCACAGCUGUUUCAUCCAUUGAUAGAGGAUAUCAUGUCUUACCUGCGAUGCCAACCCCAACACAGAUUGCGAACAUCAAGAAGCGCAGAAAGCAGUGGAACAAGAUAAUAGGAGGAAAGCGAUUAUUUAAUUUUUGGAAUACUUCACAUUCGGAAGUACCACAGCAUAGCAAACAUGCCAGGCUUGCCACGUACAGUGACAAACUGGUUGCUGUGUGGUAUGAUGGUGUGAACGUCACCAAGAUCAUGCAAACAUCAGACCUGCAGACAUGGCACAGUAUUGACCUACCAAGUGAAUACAGUAAGCUGGCUGCCCCAUCACUGGCAUCCCAUGGUGGUAUGCUGUACAUGCACUGUGGAACCUACACUAAGAGCACCAACACACUGGUGCGCUCUAUUCUGCAGUACUGCGACACACCAGAUAACAGUAAUGGCAGACGCAGUGGAGGCAGUGGUGGUGGUGGUCGGUGGACUAAACUUACGAACGUCCAGCAUUUUCGCCAUUACUGGUGUACUCCACAUGCUUGUCAUGGUUCUAUUUCUCUAUAUGGUAGCUACGAUGGUGAAACAUAUCACAAUCAUGUUAGUACCUAUUCUCUAGCUAGCAAGCAGUGGAGCUCUUCUUCACCACCCAAUGCUAGCCUAGUAUUACCUUCAUUACCACAACCAUGCAUCAACGCAUCACUCGUCUCAUUCCCUGAUUCACUGUACUUAGUUGGUGGUACUACUGGUUGUUUCUUCAAACACCAUGAUGGUAGGUGGGUGUCCACCACUCCACCUGAUGGUGUUGAGCUGAAGUUUAGUGCAGCAUGCGCGCUUUCUGACCAUUGCAUGGUUAUUUGCCCCCACACUCCUACUAAGUGUGUUGUACAUGAUAUUUCAUCUGGUCAGGUCUAUCCACUACCAGCUAUGCCACAGGAGAAUUUUUACACUCCAUCACUCACACUGUUCGGCAGUACCCUGGUACUCAGUGUAGCUGGACCUGGCAGUGCUGCUGCUCUGUACACACUGGAUAUGAGUGUGUGAGUGUAGUAGGUUACUAACUACAGUCAAUCACUGAUGAUAACUACAGUAUGCAAACUGUACUGCUUUUCACUUUCUUUCUAUCAUCAGAAAGUUGCUAAUCUUUGUUUUCACAUCUGUCUGGUUGUCACGUAAUUGUCUAGUUGUACACUGCCUCAUCCCCUGUAAAAUAUACCCAGAUUGGUUAAGUGAUUAUUACUCUUACCUCUAUAGUCACGUCCCAACUUACCCAUUCUUUCCUUGAUGCCUCCACCGCAGGAAUGUGAAUUAUUAACUGAAAACGAUUUUAUAUUGUGCGUCCUCCCCUGAGGCUGCUAUGUUCUAAUCUCUGUUUCUGACAUUGAGCACUUUCUGCUGCUCGGGGAUCAA